CGCAAAUGCAUUAAGAUCGCAAGAAGGAAAAAUGAUGAACAAAUAUGCGACUUGUAAUUCUUAAAAAAAAUACACAGAUACACUAUCUGAAACUGAAGUGGAUUGAAAACGAUACAGGGAGUACUACGGGGUUAAGUUAGUAUCGAGAGGUGGAUGUCGUGAUACCCUUGCUUGUGAUAUGUCGAUAAACAUUUUUUUUUUUUGUUUGUUUUUGGUGGACUAACUGUUUAUUGGAGGGCAAAGCUUUUUCAUUCUUCGACUCGUUAAUAGUACCAGCAUCCGGUCGUAUCACUUUUAACGAAAAAGAGUGUAGGACAAACGCGUUCGACAGAACGUAUCGUAAUCGAGUGUUUUCACGUCAAAGCGCUUUCCUUAUUUUCGUUUACGGUAUAGUCUUCGCGGAUGUGAUGUGACCGAUAAAUACGUUGUAACGAUUGCUAAGUUUAUCGGCAACAGCGACCCUCGCGCGUUAUAUUUCGGUACAAUAAUUCGAGAGAAGGUUGAUUAGAUUGUACUCAUCCGGGUGAUUUGUUUUCGUUAUUUUUUGUGCAAUCUGCUUGUUGAAUGACACGCGGUAUAAGUACCAGUGGAAGCGGGACGCUCGUCGUCAGUUUCGAAACGUGUUGCCUGCAAGUUACAAGUCUCCGAUAGAAAAAAAAGAGAUCAGCAAAAUCCAAGAUGGUGUCGAGAUGUUUGGCAUUGAUUGCCCUGUUUUGUCCACUGAUUCUGGUCACAUCAGCUGAAGGUCUGUUGGAGCCGCCUGUGUGCGGAGUUAGUGUCGCCAGGGGAGUCUAUGGCGACAGAAUAAUCGGUGGUAUCGCCGCGAAGAAGGAUGCCUGGCCCUGGAUAGGAGCAUUAGGUUACAAGAACCCAGACGGUACCGCGACUCCAGUUUUCAAGUGUGGCGCUACCCUGAUCACGAAUAAACACGUUCUGACGUCCGCUUACUGUGCGUCUGGAAUCGACAAUUUGAUCUUGGUUCGUUUUGGUACCUUAACUUUGGACGGUGAAAGACCGAUCGACGUCAACAUCGAAGAGAAACAGGUCCACAGUGAAUACAACGAAAAGACGAAGGCCAAUGACAUCGCGGUCCUCACACUGAAGAAGGAAGUUAUCUUCAGCGACUCCCUUCGUCCCAUCUGUCUCCCACACAAAGAACCUUUGGUAAACGAUGUCUUCGACGGAAAAUUCGCGUACAUUGCUGGAUGGGGUUCAACUUCAUACCAAGGAGCACCGAGCAACUUCCUCAAGCAAAGCAUGAUCCCCGUCAUCACCAACGAAAAGUGCAGAGAGAGCUACUCUGGAUUCCCUUCGCUGGCCAUCACUAACCACACGAUUUGCGCUGGAAAGGUAGCUGGUGGAACCAACGCUUGCAACGGUGACAACGGAGGACCUCUGAUGAUGCUCUUCGACGGUAACGUUUACGAGAUCGGUCUUUACAUCCACAGCUACAAGUGCGCCGAACGUGGAUAUCCUGGCAUCUUCACCAGAAUCACCGAGUAUCUGGAUUUCAUCAAACAAGCAAUCGAGACGAAAGCAACAAAGUACAACAUGUUGCUCAAGUCUUUGGCGUUAAUUGCCCUGCUGCAUCCACUGGCGCACGUUGCAUCUGCUCAAGACGACGAUAAUGCGGAUGAUACCAAGUACAUGCUUGCGAGACCUCCAGAUUGUGGUUUUAAAAACGCCAGCUACGUUAUGAACAGAGUGAUAGGCGGCGUUCCAGCGAAGAAGGGUGACUGGCCCUGGGUUGGUGCGUUGGGCUAUCGGAACACCAAAAACGCAUCGAUCACGGAUUUCCGUUGCGGAGCUACUCUGAUAACGCCUAAACACCUUCUGACAGCAGCUCGCUGUGCUCUGUCAGACGAGCUGUACGUAGUUCGUUUCAAUGUCCUGAGUUUGACACAGGAUGUUCCAGUCGAUAUUGGGAUCGAGAACAAGUUCGUGCAUCCCGAGUACAACGCGGAAAACGAGGUGCAUGAUAUCGCCGUUCUUACAAUGGUAAAGGAAGCUAUGAUUUCUGAACGCUUGUACCCCGUUUGCCUGCCAAUCGACAUUCCUCAACUAACCGACAGUUACAAUGGGAAAGUAGGCUACGUCGUUGGAUGGGGAGCAAUCUCAAACCAAUCACAAACGGGCAGCGACGUUCUCAUGCAAACGAGGAUCCCUGUGAUCAGCAAUAACCAAUGCAAAGAAGAUUAUAAAGAAUUCUCGCAAUUAAGGAUCGACAAUUUCACGCUGUGCGCUGGAUACAAGUCUGGAGGCCGAGAUGCCGGUCUGUACGAUGAAGGAGGACCUCUGAUGAUACAGCAGAGGGAAACUGUCUACCAGAUCGGCAUUGUUUCCUAUCGCAAGAAAUGCAAGGACGUCGAAUGCCCCACUGUCUAUAGCAGAGUCACCGAAACAGCAGCAGAGUCCAAGAUGUUGGUCAAGUGUUUGGCGUUGUUCGCGUUAUUAGCGUGUGUGGCUGCAGACCAAGGUUCCUUGACCAGAGAGGCGAGAUGUGGCGAACCUGUGGUGGACGUAAAUAUUAACAAGAUCGUCGAUGGCGAGGCAUCCAAACCAGACCAAUGGCCCUGGAUGGGUGCUUUGGGAUACCGGAACCCGCAGGGUGUGGACGAACCUUUCUUCAAGUGCGCAGGUGCCCUGAUCUCCACGAGACACGUUCUCACAUCUGCUUACUGUGCGACAAUGGAACCUGACCUGUACCUGGUUCGAUUCAGUACCUUGAGCCCGACGAACACUUCCCACGUUGAUAUCCUAAUCGACCAAGCGAUCGUGCACGGCGAAUACAACGAAAAAACGAAAGCACACGACGUCGCCAUUCUCAAGCUGCAAAAGGAUGCCAUUCCUAGCAAUUCCCUCCUCCCCAUCUGUCUCCCAUUGGACCCACCUCUCUCGAACGAUAACUACCACGGAAAAUUGGUUACCGUUGCUGGAUGGGGAAUGACCUCCACAGGUGGACCACAGAGCGACGUUCUCAAACACGCUACCAUUCCCAUCGUUCCCAUACCAAGCUGCAGAGACUCUUACAGCGGACUGCCAAACCUGGUGAUCAACGACCGCACCGUAUGCGCUGGAAAUAAAGAUGGAGGAAACAACGCUUGCGACCGCGACAACGGUGCACCUCUGAUGUUGAAAGCAGACGGCAAGUUCUACGCGAUUGGUAUCUUCUCGUACAGCUACAAAUGCGCUCAACCUGGCUACCCUGCUCUCUUCACGAGAACCGCCGCCGAAAAAGAAUUCAUCAUCAGAGCAAUGAAGCAAUUGGUGCGUGACUGUCACGGUCAGUACCGAAGAAAUUUCCAUCCGGAAUCCAACGAAAGGACAUCAACAACGUCCAAGACGAUGUUCAAAGGUCUGGCGUUAAUCGCCUUGUUAAUAAUUGCGGCGUCUGCUCAAGUGAACGAGGACUGGACCAAUAUCUUGAAGCCUCCUGAUUGCGGUGCCAGCAAAGUCGAUCAGGUUACCAGGGUGAUGGGUGGCGAACAAGCGAAACGAGGUGCCUGGCCCUGGAUAGCCGCGUUAGGGUCUCCAAACGACCCUGGUACUACGAAACCAAAAUGGCUGUGCGGGGGUGCCCUGAUAUCGUCGAGGCACGUUCUGACAGCUGCCCACUGCCUGCGAUUAGUCGAUCCGUACGUGGUUCGCCUCGGAGUCUUGACGCUAGACAGGUAUGAAGGAAACGCGAAUCAGACCGCUGAGGAUGAAAGAAUCGACCUAGACAUCGAGUUGAAGAUGGUGCAUCCCGAGUACAACUCGACGACUAGGGCAAACGAUGUCGCCGUUAUCAAACUGAAGCAAGAGGUGCAGUUUACGGAACAUAUACAUCCAAUUUGUCUUCCUACGGUCGAGUCUAUUAUAAACGAUCACCUAACUGGAAAGAAUGUCACCGUUGCUGGCUGGGGAGCAAAGGCGGAUGACGGAGGACCAUACAGCGACACUCUCAUGCAAGUGGAGAUGCCAGUCGUAAAUCUCAGUGAUUGCAUAGACACUUACCAGAUAUUGCUGCCAGAGACCGUUGUCGACAAUAGCUCGUUGUGCGCUGGAGCCGCAGAGGGAGGAAGAGAUACCUGCAAGGGUGACAGUGGUGGACCUUUGAUGUACGCCAUGAAUGGUACCUACUAUCAGGUCGGGAUCGUUUCUUUUGGCUUCAGUUGCGGCAUACCUACGGUUCCUGGCGUCUACGCCAGAGUCACAGAGUUUCUCGACUUCAUAAACACGUCAUUGGGCAAAUAA